GUGGACACCAGGACCUAGAUGCUUUCGGACAGGAAGAUGUAUUCAAUACUGAACAAACACCCAAACAGGAAUGGGUUUAAGCUGCUUCCUGUGGUGAUUAUAGGGAAUGGACCUUCAGGAAUCUGCCUGUCCUAUUUGCUGUCAGGCUAUGUCCCUUAUUUCAAAAGAGACUCUCUUCAUCCUCAUUCCAUUCUGCAGAGGAAACUUGAAGAGGCACCAGAUAUCUCCAUAUUGGAUCAGGAUUUGGAGUAUCUGUCUGAAGGGUUGGAGGGACGAUCCCACAGCCCAAUGGCUCUUCUGUUUGAUACUCUUCUGCGUCCAGACACAGACUUUGGUGGAACGGCAGAAUCUGUCCUCACUUGGUGGCACGAGGCCAACAGAGCUAUCCCGCACUUGGUCCUUGGCAAAAACCCUCCUGGAGGUGCUUGGCAUUCUAUUGAAGGAUCUAUGAUUACCCUGAGCAGAGGAGAAUGGAUGGGACUCCCAGACCUCCCAUUCAAAGACUGGCUGAGGCAAAAGAGAAGAGGCCUUAGAAACGACAGAGCCACAGCAGAAGAUAUUGCUCAAUAUUACCAACAUUAUGUGAUGAAGAAAGGACUGCAAAAGAACUUCAGAUGUGGGACUGUUGUGACCUCUGUGAGGAAAGUGACUAGAGAGAGCAUCUCCAGUCAUUCACAGAAAGAUCUGCAGGAGGGAAGUGACUCACUCUGGAACUUCACUGAGGAAAAUAUGGAGGUCUUUAAGGUGGAUGGAUUUUUCAAAAAUGCAAAAGGUGAUAAGGAACCCUUCUCCAUCUAUGCACAGAAUGUGGUCUUAGCUACAGGAACAUAUGAUAGUCCCACUUGGCUUAGGGUCAAGGGGGAGAACCUUUCUUAUGUCCACCACCAGCUCUCUGCCCUAGAGGAGGCAGUGAAAGAUGGCAGCAUUAGCAUCAUGUCAGAUCCAGUCUUGAUUGUGGGUGCUGGUUUGACAGCUGCUGAUGCAAUUCUCUUUGCUCACUACUGCAACAUUCCAGUAAUCCAUGCUUUUCGGAGAAGAGUCAAUGAUCCAGGUCUUAUUUUUAACCAGCUCCCCAAAAUGAUGUACCCUGAAUACCACAAAGUCCAUCAGAUGAUGAAAGAACAGACUGCUGCUUGUUCUGGGCCCUAUGAGUGUUACGUUAGUCUUCCUGAACAUCAUGUCCUAUCCUUUGGCAAGGACAAGAAAUGUAUCCUUCAAGACAAGAACGGCUACCAGAAAGUUUAUAAAAUUUCCAUGGCUCUUGUUCUAACUGGCUCAAACCCCAAUCUUUCCUUUCUGCCCAAUAAUGGCAUUGACUUGGCAAUGGACUGUGACCAACCAGUCAAUCCCAAGAGGAAUCCCAUAGAUGUUGACCCAUUCACCUAUGAAUGCACUCAGGAGAAAGGGCUUUAUGCUCUAGGACCCUUAGCUGGGGACAACUUUGUACGCUUUGUGCAGGGAGGGGCUCUGGCAGUCGCCAGCUCUCUGUUAAAGAAAGCAAAUAAAAAUCCCCCCUAAUGAAAAAACACAUGCUAACAACAUCCAAGUGGGCUACUGCUGUUUUCCUAGAGAAGCAAGUCUCUAUGUACACCCUCAAAUGUGAAGUCCCCACUCCUGGUUUUCACCAAGGUUAUACAGAGAGUCAUCAAGUUUUGCUGAGUUAUUUGGGAAGAUUAAGCCAUCAAAUGCAGAGAGGAGGCUUCAUAUAGGGACACCUUGAACCU